AUGAAUGAAGUUUAAUAAUUACUUCUGACAUCAUUUUCUUGUUCCCCUCAUAGAUAGCAAGCUGAAUCAUAAUUAAUUUAAUUAUUAAUUACUAAUCCUCAGCAAUUUUAACAGUUGGGGUUGCUAAUAAUAGUACAAGAAUAAAGUAUUGAAAUUUCAUUUAAAUUCAGAUUCCCCCUAAAUUGCCACAGUUAUGAAUGCAACAAUUAAACUAAUGAAAUAAAAUCAAUGUAAAAAUAUUGUUAAUGUAUAGAAUUAAUUGCUUAACCUUUCAAACAAACACUAUUAGAAAUAUACACUAAUCUUAAUGUCUCUAGCAAAAUCAAACAUCUAUUAAAACAAGCUAUAAAUUUAAUAUUUGAAGAAGACAUAUGUAUAAGCAUUCAUUAAAUUUAGAAUAUAGUCAUCAUUAUAAAGAAUGUAUGUUUCUCUAUCUAGAAGAUUAAAGAUCAAUAAUCUUAUCCAUUUAGAUUUUCAAAUUAUUAACAGAUACAAUAGUUUAUGCUGACUCUGUAGAUUAAAAUACAUACUCUUGGUACAUAGAUUACAUUGAAAAAAUCAGCAAAAUUAUGAUUAAAUCAUUAAGCUUAGAAAAUGAUUACCUUAUCUACUUUUACUUUUUAGAAUGCUUUGAAGGAACACUCUUUCGCUUUUUUAGGUACGAUUAACAAAAAUAUUUGUUCUUUUAAAACUUCAUUCUUCAAAACAAAGAGUUAAGUCAAUUAUUCAUUAAUAUUUUCUCUUUUUAAUCUUCGAACAAUUACAUUUAAUAUUAAAGCAAUUCAACAAUUUAAAAUGUUAAAAUUUUAACUCUAAAAUCUUAUAAGCAUAUAAUUAUCAGAAUGCUUUCAAGUAGGAAUAAAUAACAACUUUAAAUAUUCCCAAUAUAUUAACAAUUGAAUUAGUUGAUUCUCUUUUUAAUACAAUCCUUAUAAAUUACAAUUUCUGAAGAUGUCACUAUUAAUAUUUUAAAUAUUUUGUCAGCUACAAUUAAUUAAAUAGAAUUCUAUAAUAUUUACUAAAACUACUACUAAUAAUUGAUAAUCACUCAUUUGUAUUCGUAUCUAGUAUAUUCUACAAAUUAAUUACAACUUUUAUAAAAUGAACCAUUAGAUUUUGUUUAAUAAGAACUAAGUUAUGAUGAUGAAAAUAAAUUAUAAUCUCUUCAUAAUCAAACAUUAGAUUUUAUUCGAGCUUUGAUUAAACAUAUUGAUGGAGCCUUAUCCUUUUUAUCUUCAAGUGCCUUUGUGUUAUUUAAAUAUUCAAUAAAUGAAAUAUUAUCAAAUUAAUUAUUCAUUAUAACUGAACAGGAAUUCAACCAUAUUAAAUUAUUAUAAAAUAAGUAACUUUUUAUAAUACUUAAGCACAAUAUUUUAUAAUCAUGAUAGUAAAUAACGAUUACAAAUAUCUCUCAUAAUUCUAAUCAAUAUUUUACCUAAUUUAAACUCAAGAUAAGAUAUACAAGAAUAUUUAGCAAUUAUAAUAUAAAAUAGUUACCAAGUUGUUCUUUAAUGUUAAGAUGAAUUAAUUUAAAUUCUUUAUACAAAAUUGAUUGGUGAAAGCUAUUCUAUUCUUAAAUUUAUUGUGAGUUAAUUAUUUUAUAAAUAAUUCCUUGAAAAUAUCAUUAAGUUUGAAUAGUUUAAAAAAAUGGCAUUAUUUUAUUAAUAAAUCACUUCAAUUAAUUUAAUCAUUACUUAGGAUGAAUAACCAGGAUUUAUAGAGAAAAAUAACCUAUUUGAUGAAAUUAUCUAAAAAUUUUCAUCAUAAAUUACUUUAACUUGUGAUAUAAGAAUAUUGUAGAUGAUUGAAGAGUGGGUGUCUACAUAUCAAUUUUAAUAGAAUACUGUUUAAUUGAUUGCAAAAUGCCUUGUUGAGAGAAUACAUUAAGAAUAAAAGAAUAUAAAUUAGAAUUAAAUAAAUAGAGAAAUAUUUAUUGAUUUAUCUUGGAAUAUCCUUCAUUAAAUUGUUAAUUAAUAUAACUAUUAUGACUACAUAAUAUGUAUUGAAAAUUAAAUUGCUUAAUUAUAUCAAUAAUUUAAAGAAGAAGAAUCAAUUUAAUAUACUGAAAAAUUGAUUUAAUUUGUAUCAUUGACAAUAUAAAAAUUGAAAAGAGUGACUAUUGAUCAAAUUUCCUUAUUACCAAAAUUUGAACAAGUACUCAAAUCAUAAAAUUAUUCUUUUUAAUACUUAUUUGAACUUUUAAAUAAUUAUAUCUAUUAUGGUAGAGAAUAUUUUAUUAAUGAAGCAACUUAAUCAAUUGUAUAAUUAUAAAUUUAACAUAGUAUUUUCAUCUGGCCUUAUAAAACAUUGUUUCUAAUUUAAAUUCCAAUUUUGAUAAAUGCGAGGGAGCCUUAUUAAUUUAAUUGGGAAUUUAAUGUGUAAGAAAUGAUCUUAAUGAGAAUAUACUUAGACAAAUUUUUGAUCAAUCCUAUUAAAUUAUAAAGCAAACCAACAUUGAUGAAAUACUUGUAUCUAGAAUAAAAUGCAUAUUCUUAAGUGCAUUUUUGACAAUUAAAUCACUAUCAGAAAAAAUCAUUGGAAAUUAAAUAGGGAUUAUUUAAUAAGAAUUACAUGGAAUGAAUUAUACAGCUGGUUAUGAUGCUAAGUUAUUUAUCAUCUAUUAUUCUAAUGCUAUUCUUCAUAAUCCUGAAAUUUUAUUAAAUACAGGUUGUAACAUAGUUUCAUUACUAUCGUAUUAAAUUGAGUAGCAAAAGGAGGAAAAGUUUGAUCAAAAUGAAGAACAUUAUUCAGAUUCUGAAUAAGAUGACAAUUGUUAUGAAAAUUUUACAGAGGAAAAGAAAAUUUUAGAGGAACAAAUAACAAAAUUUAAAAGUGGUUAUGUUAGUGUAGAUGAAUUUGAAACUUUCAAAUAAGCCAUGCAUUAAAUUAAAACCCAUCACCCUUCUAUUAUUGUAUAAUUUAAAUAAGGUCUGCAUUUUUUCACACUACAGAAAUUAAAAUAGAUUUUAUAAGUAACACGGGCCUAAUAUGAAUAACCAAGAUAAGUAAUAAUUUUAUUAAUUUUAGAUGAUAAAAAUAGCUAAAAGGAAAAAACUAUGAAUGUUAAUGUAGAG